AAGCGUUUUCACACUUGCUGUUUUCAUGUUUUUAUUCCCUUUAAGGUGGUGGAAACAACUUUACCCUCAUCGAAGCGUCAGUUUCCGUAUAUAAUCCUGAACGGUGUCGAAAUUGCCGAUUCUCGGUUUAUCGUUGAAAGAGUGGCCAAGCAUUUCAACAAGAAAGUGGACCCUAACCUCUCUGCUGAAGAACGUUCUGUGUCUGUGGCCUUCUCAAGAAUGCUGGAAGAAAACACAUUAUUCACUUAUGCCUGGUACCGCAUAUUAUUCCAACCCGCAGAGUUUUGGGGCCUGUUUUCGGAGGAAAACAAAGGAGUGCUUGCAAAAAAGACUCUAAAAUAUGGGCCAAUUUUAAUGAAGCGAGCGGCAAAGGUGAAGUUCUGGCAGCAAGGGGUGUCUCGCCUCAGUCCCGCGGAGAUCUACAGCUUAGCGGAAACCGAUCUCAAAGCGCUGUCAGAUUAUCUGGGAACCAAGGACUACUUUUUGGGGAAGGAGCCAACGCUGUUGGACUGUGUGGCAUUCGGUCAUCUGAUACAGAUCUUGUGGCUGAAGCUGAAUUUCCCGCCGAGGUUCUACGCUGUAAAAGAAUGUAAGAACCUGUUACGGUUCCUCGACAGGAUGAGGGACAGGUUUUAUCCGGACUGGGAACAAUUGUGCAAGCCGUCCUCAUCUUCAUAAUUGUUGUUUUACCCCCAGGGGAUCUCAUCUCAGCAGUCUAGACAAGCUAGUUCAGUAGAACUUUCACCAGAAUUUGUAAUGACAUUGUCGUAAACUCUUAUAUAAAUUUCCAGUAUGUGUGCUCUUUUAAAGAAAACAAUGUUAUUCAUGAAGACAUGCAUGUGUCUGGCUGAACGUUGAUAACCACAUUAUUUCUUAUUUACAACAAAUUAAGCAAAUUUGUUAACUAAGUAUUUUUUACGAAUACCCAAUAAAAAAACAAUCAGGUAAAACGCACUUAUUUACGAGGAAGAUUUUAUCUGUUGAUUGAAAUUUGAAGGCAGAUAGCCAUGAGCUGAAAUCUGUUCCUGGAACAACAAGCCCCUCCCACCCAAAGCUACUGACCAAUCAUUAGUCAGAGUGAACCGAGCACUUACAUGUAUAUCAGUUGUGUAUUUAUGCAUAUCAGAUAAGGUUUGAUAAGAUUAGUUUUUUUAUAACUUGGUAUUAUCUUAAGGUGUCACAACAUUUUAUUUCAUGAUUCCCAUUGUGAUAUUUUUUGUCUGUGUAAGGUACAUCUGUUGACCAACAGCUAUCUUCUGCGUGACAGAUUUCUUAAACACCUUGUUAUUUCUUUUUGUUGAACAAUAUAAAACUA